CGGAUUUGGGAAACUUGGAGCCAAAUCCUCUUUUGUUAACAGCAGAGAACCCGGCUCCCAGAAAGGCUGUUUCAUGAAGACGGACAUGAGAAGUGGCUUCAGAUUCAUUUCACGGUCUCGGUGGUGGUGCAGCUGCUUCGCUUAAUGCUCCAGCUUGGAGAGAAUCCGAAGAGAAAGAGAGGCUGGAAAGAAAAAUCCACUCUGGGGCAGGUCCCAACAACUCCUCUCCGGCGCAAAUUUCCUCGGAUCAGCCAGCAGCUUCCCAGAAAUGACAACUUGGUGAAGUCACCUGUGUUUCCAGGCCCUGGGGUGCGACAGGCUUCGGCUCUUGAGCCAGGAGGUUGGGGGUGUGGGUUGGAGAUGGACCGCUUGUGAUCCAGCCUCCACUGCAGUGUUACAUUUCCUGGCUGAAGUUUCUGUUCUCUGUGGGGCGCCUGCAUCCAUGUACACGUGCUGUACCUGCCUCCCACGGUGAAGACGUUGGAAACGGCACGGCCCGGCACACGGAGCACUGGUCCUCUGUUCACCAUGGCCAACAGGUCGUGCUGCCUCAUCCAGGGGUACCACAUGCCCGAGGUGAUGCCGCCACUGCUAAUCCUCGCCUUUGUGCUUGGCAUCCUGGGCAAUGGCGUAGCGCUCUGUGGUUUCUGCUUUCACAUGAAGACCUGGAAGCCGAGCACUAUUUACCUGUUCAACUUGGCCAUAGCCGACUUCCUUCUGAUGAUAUGCCUGCCCUUUCGGACAGACUACUACCUCAGACAGAGGCAAUGGGCAUUUGAGGAUAUUGCUUGUCGAGUGGCGCUCUUCAUGCUGGCCAUGAACAGGGCUGGGAGCAUUGUCUUCCUCACAGUGGUGGCUGUGGACCGGUAUUUUAAAGUGGUCCACCCCCACCAUAUGAUAAACACCAUCUCCAACUGGACUGCAGUUGGCAUCGUCUGUGCCCUUUGGACCCUGGUCAUCCUGGGGACUCUGUAUCUUCUGAUGGAGAAUCAUCUGUGUGUGCAAGAGAAGGUCGUAGCUUGUGAGAGCUUCAUCAUGGUGUCGGCCAACGGCUGGCAUGAUGUCAUGUUCCAGCUGGAGUUCUUUCUGCCCCUUGGCAUCAUCUUGUUCUGCUCCUUCAAGAUCAUUUGGAGCCUCAAGCAGAGGCAGCAUCUGGCCAGGCAGAGUCGGAUGAAGAAGCCUAUUCGUUUCAUCAUGAUGGUGGCGGUGGUGUUUAUUGCCUGCUACCUGCCCAGCGCGUUGGCCAGACUGUAUUUCCUCUGGACAGUGCCUUCCAGCGCCUGCAAUCCAUCCGUCCAUGUGGCCCUCCACGUCACCCUCAGCUUCACCUACAUAAACAGCAUGCUGGAUCCCCUGGUGUAUUAUUUUUCAAGUCCCUCAUACCCCAAAUUCUACACCAAACUCAAAAUCUGCACUUUGAGACCUAGGUGUCCAGGAUGCUUCAAGAGGCCAGAGGGGAUGCCCACUUCCAACCUUUGUUGCAACAGUUGCAUCAGUGUGGCAAAUAGCUUCCAAAGCCAGUCUGAGGUGCAGUGAGAUCUUCAAAUGUGACAGAUGGCACCAGGACAGACAGACAGACAAAAUCAAGGAGGUUGGAUUGGUGACUUAGAAAUACUCCAUGCUGAGGGGUGGGGAGCCUUGAAAAUGCCAUUCUUUCUUAACUGUACCCUCCUCACUCUGUUGGAUACAAAAUUCGGAUCACUAUGCCUUUUUGGAAGGUUCCACUUGAGAAGUGAGUCAGUUGCAUUUAUAUAAUGUGAUUCUAAUGACAGAGGUGUGUGUGUGUGUGUGUGUGUAUGUGUGUGUGUUGGGAAGAGCUUGGCCCCUGAGUAAUUUUAAAUGGCUCAGGUAAUAUGUACUAAUGUUUAAAUCUGUCAUUCUGUCAUGUUCUCUCCCUGGGGGAGUCAGCGAAUUUAAUGACCCAUCCUCUGAUCUUAUAUCCUUACUUUUCUUGGAAAAUAGAAACUGGGGUAAGUCAAUAUUUUUAUUUCAGGCAGAGGGAGGCUCUUUAGAGUGGGAUGUCUUGACCCCAAAGAUUUUCAUAUUCCCAGGGCCCCUCUCUACUUUUCUGACUACUCAGGAGCCCAAGAAGAAUGACAGCAAAAACAAUAUGCUGCCACCUUUUCGGAGCUCCACGUUUUUCUGCAAGUAUUUGCAUUUCAAAGAAGGUACUCAAGGAUAUGUUUACUUGUCCUGAUUUUUCCAGUGGAAGCUGAGCACUUGAAAAAGUCCUAUUAACCUUUGGGAAGUGCUAAGUCCAGCAAAAUUGCUUGUAAUGUGACUAUGAGUUUAAAUUAUUCAAUCAUUUGUUUUCUACGUAUUUACUGAAUUAAUGUUCUGUGCCAGGUACUUUGCUAGUGUCCCUUUGACCCGGAGGGUCCUUAGUUAACUUGUGUGUUUGGCUGGGGAGGGGGCAAACAGAGAAGUUAAUGACCUUCACCAUUAUGAUGACUAUAGUUUCUAGACCUGUUCUCUACAGACACUGGUGUUUUCCUUUUGUUGUAGGAUUCUAUACAAACACCAAAGAGUGGAAAAGGCAGUAGGCCUUGUGUACAUGAAUUUUCAAAUAUGCCCAUGGGGUCCUCAGAAUGAGAUGAUUGUAUGAAAUGACAUGCUGCUUCUGCCCUGGAUUAGGGGGAGAGAUGCCAAGCCGAUCUUAGCUCCGUUCUCAAGUCACAAAGCAGUGAAAGUGUUUUUGGCUCCUCUCUUUACACGUUCUCAAAUUCCCAGGGGAUUCUCUGCAAUUAAGACCCUUGCAUGCGUGCUAAGUCGCUCCAGUCGUGUCCAACUCUUUGUGACCCUGUGGACUGUAACUCACCUGGCUUCUCUGUCCAUGGGGAUUCUCUAGGCAAGAAUACUGGAGUGGGCUACCAUGCCCUCCUCCAGGAGAUCUUCCUGACCCAGGGAUCGAACCUGUACCUCCUGUGGCUUGUGCAUUGCAGGCAGAUUCUUUUCCGCUGGGGAAGCCCAUUAAGACCCUUAACCUGCAACUAAUACCAGUGUUGCAUUCUUUGGCCUCAAAACACCCAUCUAGGCUGUCCCUGGCCUUCCCAGGUAGCGCAGUGGUAAAGAAUCUGCCUGCAAUGCAGGAGACCCAGAUUCCAUCCCUGGGUCAUGAAGACCCUGGUGAAGGAAAUGGCAACCCACUCCAGUAUUGUUGCUUGGGAAAUCCCAUGGACAGAAGCCUGGCGGGCCACAGCCCAUGGGGUCACAAAGAGUUGGACAUAACUGAGUAUGCACAUAUGUAUAUAUACUGUUCCUAUUAACUCAUUUUUAAGGGGCACUGCACAGCCCAGGGAUGGAAAACAUGGGUUGUACAAAGUAGAUGAAUCUAAGUUCAAAUGCCAGCUUAGCCACUUACUAGAUGUGUGAUCUGGGGGCGGGUUUUAUUUAACCACGUUUAGCUUGAAUUUCCUCAUCUGUCAAACAGGGGUAACAAUAACAUUGACAUCAGAAGGUCUUUGGGGGACUCCAUUGGUGGCUUAGCAGUACUGGUAAAGAAUUGGCCUGCCAAUGCAGGGCACACGGGUUCAAUCCCUGAUCUGGGAAAAUCCCACGUGCCAUGGAGCAACUAAGCCCGCACAUCACAACUACUGAGCCCAAGCGCUGCAGCUCCUGAGGCCUGUGUGCCUAGAGCCUGUGCUUCACAACAAGAGAAACCACUGCAAUGAGAAGCCUGUGCACCACAAGGAAGGGUAGCCUCUGCAACUAGACAAACCCCGCGCAAAGCAACAAAGACCCAGCGCAGACAAAUAAAAAGUGAUUAAAAAAGAAAAAAGGAAGGUCGUUGGGUGGAUUCACUGAAUGGAAGAUCCUGAAGCACAGGUACUUUGCUUCCUCUUCGAUCCUUAGAGUCUACAAGUGUGAGUGCACACAGUAGGCGCUCAGUAAAUAUUUGAAUGAAUGAGUAAGUGUAUGUGAAGCAUAAGUGCAUUGCCUGGCAGUAAUGCUCAGUGUUCUGAUGUAUUAUGUUAACACGUUUUACACAUAAAGACCCUGAGGCCCAGAAGCCAUUUCCCCUGGUGUUCAGCGCCUGUAAGGAGCUCCUCUGCUGUCACUGUUAGUUCCCCUGCUCCCCAGAUUCCAGGGGAGAAGUGAAAGCAACGAUUCUAUCAGCUUCAAAGAACUCCAGAUAAAAAUCUGUGAAAAACCUGCACUUCUGCUUUAAGCUCUAUUCUUAGUUCACUCUUUCCUGGGCUGCCCCCUUGUUGCUCCAUCUUAAUAAAAACAGAUUCCAAAAGAAAGCCCGUAUCCUGUGUGUCA